ACAUUCUGAAGUAAAGAACAUUUUUUUUGGAUGGGGUGGAGUUGGGUUCUAGAAAUGGGACAUACUUGGAUUAUAUAUAAAAAAGACGUGUUCCAUCCCUGAAGUUCCAGCUUAGAGAGGUGAAUUCAACAACAACCAUGGCAAUUCUACCAGAAGCGGUGACACUUUUCCUAAUAUGCACCCUGGUUAUGAUGUGCAUAAAAAUCCUAAUCAGCCUGCCAAAAAAGAAGAUUUACAAUUUCCCUCCGGGACCCAGACCUCUCCCCAUAAUUGGGAACCUGCACAUUCUGGACAUUGCCAGGCAAGAUUACACCUUCAUGGAGCUGGCGAAAAAGUAUGGCACGUUCUUCACAUUCCAUUAUGGAAGCAUAAAAGCAGUGGUUUUGGUUGGUUAUGAAGCCAAUCAAGAAGCCUUGGUGAAGGCAAACUAUGAUUUUGGAGAUCGUGGUGCGUUACCCGUUGCUGAUGACUUUCAGCAUAACCAAGGAAUCCUUUUCUCAAAUAGUGAGACAUGGAAGGUGACCCGAAGGUUCACCCUGACCAUUCUGCGAGAUCUUGGGAUGGGAAAAGGGUCAAUUGAAGGCAGGAUUAUUGAUGAACUGCAGUUCUUAAAUGCAUACAUUCAGUCUCAUAAUGGUAAACCUUUUGAAAAACAGGUUUUUUAUAGUGCUCCCCCCAAUAUUACCUUCAGUAUGUUAUUUGGGAGACGUUUUGACUAUGAUGAUCUAACCUUUAAGAAAUUGACAGAAAUAAUAGAUGAUGUUGUUAAACUCACUGCACAUCCUUCGUCCAAGUUCUACAAUGUGUUCCCAAUACUAAAAUACUUCUUGAAAACUCCUGGCAUUGUUUUAAAGAGAGUUGAUGAACUUAAUGAAAUAUUGCUUGUGCUUUAUAAACAAGCACAAGAGUCUAAAUGUGAAGAUGUCUUCAGGACUUACGGUGAAGCAUUCCUACAGAAACAAGAAAGGGAAAAGGCAUUGGAGGAGAAAGAAAAGUUCUUUACAGAGAAGAACCUGUUGGCUUCCACAUUUGAUCUCAUGCUUGGUGGUACGGAGACAACCUCAACUACGUUACAGUGGGCCAUCCUGCUCAUGAUGAAAUACCCUCAUAUUCAAAAAAAAGUUCAGGAUGAGAUUGAAGAUGUGAUUGGGCUGGAGCGUCCUCCGAGGUGGGAGGACCACAAGGUGCUGCCUUACUGCCUCGCAGUUAUACAUGAAGUUCAACGUUUUGGGAACAUCCUCCAAUUCCUGCCACAUGCUACACCCACAGAUAUCAGCUUCAGAGGCUACACUAUACCUAAGGGAACCACAGUGAUUCCUCUUUUCACAUCAAUUUUAUAUGAUGAAACUAAAUGGGAGAACCCCAGGGGAUUUUACCCCAAUCAUUUCCUUGAUGCUAAUGGGAAGUUUUUGAAGAGAGACGAAUUCUUUGCAUUCUCCAAAGGACGCAGGGUGUGUGCUGGGGAGAGUCUGGCCAGAAUGGAACUUUUCAUUUUCAUCACAGGAAUGUUACAGAAGUUUACAUUCACUCCUCCACCAGAAGUGAAAAAGGAAGACUUGAACCUCACUGCAGAUCCUUUCUUUACUUCGAGACCUAAGAGCUACUAUGUUGUUGCUACACCCAGAAUAUAAGCAGUUUAGCAAAUUUAAAGUAAUGACAACAUAUGCAGCUUGCAAUUGAAUUUUAAGAGGCCACACAGCCCAGUGGUCUCAUGGGCUCCAUAUAGGAGUAAAGUUCUCCUACACAGUAGAGCACUUUGCUUUUUACAAUCUGUUCCUCUACUCCGUGUCAAGUUUUCAAUAUGUGAUUUAUUAUAAAUGCUUGUGUCAGAUAUUGGGAAUUAUGCAUUUUAUAGUCAGACUUUAAACAGUAUUAUAUGAUAUAUACGAAAACUGAAUGUGCAGUGCUAAACAAUUUUUACGAAGUGAAAAUUCAUAUGCAUAAACAGUAAAAAAACAUCCAAAAUAAAGUGCAAGAAAUGGUGAACAUAACAACCAAUA